AUGUAUAUAGUUUUAUUCAUAUUUUUUAUUUAUCCUUGUUUGUGUGAUCCAAUUGCGAGAACAAGUUAUGGUGCAUUGAAAGGUUUGACAAUUCAACAAGAGGAUGGAAAUCAUUAUCACACUUUUAAAAGUGUACCAUUUAUGAAGCCGCCGUUAGAUGAUUUACGAUUUGAACUUCCACAAAAACCAGAUCCUUGGAAAAAUAUUAGAGAUGCCUCAAAUUAUAGGUUAGUUGUUCACAAAAAAAUGUAUCUUAUCUUUUUUAUUCAGCCCAGCUUGUUUGACUUCAACUGAUCGUGUUGAAAAAAUUCCUCAAAAUAUGAGUGAAGAUUGUUUGUAUCUCAAUAUUUUCACAUCUGAAAAAUGUAUGGAAAAUUCGGAUUGUUCGGUUAUUAUUUAUUAUCAUGGAGGUGGUAUAAGUUUGGAUUCUGCUAUUAUGUUUCCCGAUGAAUUUAUUCUAGAACGAUAUGUGAAACAAGGUGAAUUGCUUUUUUUUUAAACUCAUUGUUUUCAUGUUCAUGGUGAAUUAUUAGAAAAAAUAAUUUUAAAAAUGAUUUUUUCUGAACAGUUUUAUUUAUUUUGUUUUUUCUUUAGAAAUAAUUUCAGAUAUUGUAUUUGCAAUUCCUGCAUAUCGUUUGGGAAUAUUUGGAUUGUAUAAUUUUGGAGACGAAAAGAUCACUCAUCAAAACCUUGCAUUUCAUGGUUUUUUCCGUUUGUUAUUUUCAUUUGGUCAAAAAUAAUUAUUUUCAGACUGUCUGAUGUCGUUACAUUUUAUACAUAAUGAAGUUUCAAAUUUUGGAGGUGAUCCUACAAAAGUGACAAUUAUGGGACAUUCUGCUGGAGCAUUUAUUGUUUCUACAAUGGCAAUCAGCCGGUGAUUCAUUCUUGAGUAUAAAAUAACAAAUCUUAUUUUUCAGAUCAGUGGAUCCUGAUAGAAAGUUGUUUAGGAGGCUUAUAUCUUUAAGUAUGAUACCAUAUUUUGAUGAGUCAGAAUUGUUUUAUCAUAAUAUUCAUGAAAUUACAAAGAGGAGUGGAGUAGGUUUUUUUUUAAUAUGGAAACAGUGUUUUAGUUUUUCAGUGCGAUAAUUCGACAAGUUUUGUUGUCAAACUUGAUUGUAUGAAAAGAAAAGAUUAUCAUGACUUACUUAUAAUUCAACGACAGAUGGAGAAAGAAAAUUUGAAGAUUUGGGGUUUUUUGAAUGGUCCACCGUUUAUGGAGAAGAAUGGGAAUCUAACUGAAUUAAUUGAGAAUGCAGUACCGCGAGAAGUUAUUUUUGGAUGUACAAAAAAUGAAUGGGGUUAUAAAACGUAUAGCAUAGUCAAUCCAUCCGUGCCAGGGAAAUUCAUGAGCUUCGAAAAUCCAUUUGAAGUUGGCAAUUAUUUUGAUGAUCUUCAAGCUCAAAAUAAUUCCACAAUGUUCUCAACUGACUCUCAAACCACUUUUGUUGGAAUCAGUUUGUAUGGAAAAUCAAUUGUUAAAAAUGGAGGAAAAGUGUAUAUUUUUCAAUCAGAGUGAGAUGAAUUUCAGAAUAUUUUUUAUUAAUUUUUUUUUCAGUCAAGAACCAGGUUCCAACCAUGUUUCCGAUAUGCAAUAUUUUAUUGGUUUUCAUCGUGAAAAAAAUCAUACCUCUGAUAUGGAUAUUGUGGACUCUUUCUACAGUCAAAUGCUGGUCAAUUUUACCAAAUAUGGAAAUCCAUCACCCGGUUAGUGUUUCAUGGUGAUGAAAACUCUUUAAUUUUCUGAAAUUACAGUUUGGGAGCCAUUGAAUAUCUCGAGAAUGAAUUAUUAUUCUGUUCAAGUCGAUACUGAAAAUGAUAUUUGGCCAAGUAUGAAAGAAAAUUUUCAUGAAAAUGAAUAUAAUUUAUGGAUGUGUAAUAUAACAGCUUUUGACAAAUAUGUCAGUGAACAGGUGAACAUUUUAGAUGAUUUGCAAAAAUUAAAGAAUGUUUGUUUCAGAAAUCCCGAAAAUUGGAUUUCUUGUUAACAGAAAAUAAUGAACUUCUCAAUGAAAAUACUUCGGUGACAACAAUAAUAUUUUUGUCAACUUGUGGUUUGUUAAUUUCCGUCCUUGUUAUGAUAUUCAUUGUUAGGAAGAAAUCCAGAAAUGAUUAUGUUUUGUUGAAAUGA